UCUGUCCAUUUGAUAUAAAACUCUCUUCUUCAAGGACAGAGAUGUGGUCAAGGAUUCUUCUGAGUGUUGUCACCUUGAGCUGGAUUGUCGCAGUGUCUUCUGAACUUCAAUACGUGCUGCUGGUGCCAACUGUGGUGCGGAGCAACUCUCCACAGACUGCUUGUGUGCAGUUUCAGAGUCUCAGUGAGCCUCUGUCUCUGAGUGUUGUUCUGGAAUACAGCAAUAUACAGACAACUCUCUUCGAGGAUUUUGUGACAAAAAAUGAUUAUUUCACGUGCUGCGACUUCAAGGUUCCUCCUGCUACUUCUGAUCCCCUGGCGUUCAUAUCCUUCUCUGCCAAAGGCAACACAGUCAACAUAACUGAGAGAAGAUCAGUGGCGAUUGAGAAUGUGCAUAACACUCUCUUCAUCCAGACAGACAAGCCCAUCUACAAACCAGGGCAAAAAGGUUGCUGGGGAGCUGGAGUCAGCUAGUGAACUAGGAAACUGAAUGCAAGAGUGGGUCAAGAAUAACAAACACUUCUCUUGUGGAGG